AUGAUUGGAAUCAUAAUCGUAACACUUCUAUCAUCGUCCAUCGCCACGAAUACCCUCGCGGACAAAUGCGAGACAAUCAAAAUAGGCAAUGAAUUCUACAAGCGGCAGUUAAUCGCGACGAUCGACGGAUACCCAACCGGAAUGGCUGUUGACCCUAAAACCGACAACUUAUUCUUCCUGCUCCACAAACGUAAUUAUACCAAGGGCAUACACAUACUAAAACGCGGAUCUCUAGGAGUUAAAUUACUACCGAUCUCCGACGACGUGAUAGGCCAAUGCGUGGCCAUAGACACGGUAAACAACAUCAUUUAUAUAGGCACAAAUCAAGGUAUACUUAGCUACGACGAUGCCCAUUCGGAAAUCAACUCAGAGAGGCCCAUAGGCGAUGACGACGUGAGGAACAUAUUUAUAGACAACAACGACAAUCAAAUGUAUAUAACAACCGGAACGAAUCACGAAAUAUUCAGGUUCAUGAAUAACACAGCCGCCGUGAAGAGGUACGACAAAGUACCUAAAGCAUACAGCUUUGUUUUAGACAGCAACGGAAAUAUAUUCUACGAAUUUGUCGACGGAAGAUUGUAUUUCCUGUCAAUAGACUAUUACGAGCCGAUCCAAUAUAAAGGACUUACCAGAGAACUGAAAUAUAUAUUACAAAUGAACAAUAAUGAUGAAAUAAUUCUAGCCGUCAAAGGAUCGUUGUUUAAAUUGACAACGAAAAGUAUAUUGCCCGAGAAAUUAGGUCAGCUGGGCUUCAAAAUUACGGGAAUGGUAUUCGAUAAUAAAAACAAUAUGAUAAUAGGAACUAAAGGUAAAAUAUACAGAUACAAACCGGUCGAUAGGAACGAUCCAUGUCCGUCGGAAGACUAUUUUAUGGCCACUAUUUGA